AUGCAGAUAUUUGAUGGGUGUGGUGGUGUUGAUGCCGCAUCAUUUAUUAAAAAGAACAUGUUUAACUUUAUAAUUGAAGAUUCUCAAUUUCCACCUAGCAAUAAGAAGGCAAUUAAGAAUGCAUUUGUGAAGGCUGAUCAUGCAUUUAGAGAUGCCGGUACACUUGAUAGUUCCUUAGGAACCACAACUCUAAUAGUCAUUGUCUUGGGAAGGGUUGUGCUGGUUGCGAAUGCAGGAGAUUCGUGCGCAGUAUUAGGCAAACGCGGCCGAGCAGUUGAACUUUCAAAAGACCAUAAACCAAAUUGCAUGUCUGAAAGAUUAAGAAUUGAAAAACUAGGUGGUGUUAUCUAUGACGGUUACCUAAAUGGACAACUAUCAGUGGCACGUGCACUAGAAGAUUGGCACAUAAAAGGUUCAAAAAGUCCCUUAAGCUGUGAGCCAGAGAAUGUUCACUGUGCGAAUUUAUGGCGAGGUCCCAGCGAGCCAUCUUAG